AAAGCAAGAGGAAGAAAGUAUUGUUUCUGUUUUGCGGACUCUUCCUCCUGGUAAGGGAACAUGCAGAAGUGACAUUACAGAAGUGCAGUGCUGGGAGAGAAGAGAUAAGCGAAGACUUUGAUAAUAAUCCAAAGAGAUGAUGGACCCUGAGGUGUCUGUGCUGCUGCACUGUUCUGACUGGAGGGGGCUGCUGCAGUCUCAAGUACAAGUGGAGCUUUCUGAAAGAUUUAACAGGCAGACUGAUCUGGCUCUAGAGCGCCACAUAGAGGAGGUGUGGACAGAGCGGGUGUCCAAGGAGCCGUGGCUUUUCAACGGGGCCAAAUUCAGACUACACUCUUUCUGCUUGGCCUCCACUGAGCGCCCCUCAUCAUCCUGUGCUUCUCCUAGAUAUCAGUCCUGUGCUCAUUCCUCCUUAGACUGUGUGGAGGAUCAGGAAGGCAAAUUGCCUAACAGAGAAAGACAGGAGGAUUUGUGUGACACUGAUCCUCUGCAUAGUGCUGCUCAGAACGGUUUGGACCAAAGAAACAGGUGUAGAAAUCAGACAGAAAAUGUAGAUGGUGUCAUCCAGCAGACAGCUAGUGCACCGGAACAAGUUUCAUCUGCUUGUAGAGCAGCUGAACUUUCUUCUAUUUCUGAUAAAGACACAGAUGAUCAACACACCGGGCCGCUGCUCACUCUGAGACUCGGCCUUACAUGCUACAAGGACUAUCUGGGAACCAACUGGUCGUGUCAAGUGGUGGAGAUCCGUCAGCGUGGAGAAGUGGAGUUUGGUGACCCUCUGGCGCUGCUGGCUCAACCUCUGGGUGUGGGGGCUGUCCUGUGUACAGAUGAUGGUCAGGUGGUGUUGAUCAGGAGGAGCCAGAGGGUGGCAGAGGCAGGGGGGCUUCUGGACAUCCCUGGAGGACACCCAGAACCAAAGGCGGUGUGUGAGGAGGUCAGUAUGGCCAUGAUGCAGCAGAGGCCGGAGGCUGUCAUCUCGGAGCUGUUCUCGUCUGUGUGCGCUGAGAUCAGAGACGAGGUGAAUGUUCCUCUGAGCUGCCUUGGAGAGCCAGUCCUGAUGGGAGUGGCUCUGAAUCACACCAGCGCUGGAAGACCGAGUGCUGAGUUCUACGUCAGUUGCUCACUGACACGUGAUGAAGUCAGAAAGAUGUACUGGAAAGGAGGAGCAGAGGCCCACGAGUCCACAGACAUCGUCUUCCUCAGCAGAACGGAAGUUUUGCAGCUGGACAGGAGCAGCCCUCUGUGGUCAGAGCUGUGUCCUUCAGCUAAAGGUGCUGUGCUGCUUUAUCAGACAGUGAAACCUGACGGAGACUGAGACCAGAGCAGGCGACCUGGCAUUCAGUUGAUCGCACCAAGACAAGGAUCCAAUAUGCAAACACAAACCUUUUGAUUAAAGUUCAGGGAUUUAUUCACACUUUGACUUUAAGCACUCUCUGACCAAUACAGGUGUCAAAACUGUGCAAAAAUACUGUUGUUGUUUUUUUUUUAAUUUCUCCACUGUACAGUAAAAACUAAUUAUAAAGUUUUUAAAAUGUUUUGAAUAAAAAUCCUAAAAAAUGUUUUUUAGUGUUAAAAUGAUUAAAUACUACAAA